AGUUAACAAAUUUAAGGGUUCCAUGGUAUUAGUCAAGAGAGAGGUAGACAAAGAGAGAAUGGAAAAGAAUAAUACCAGAUCCUUUCUGAAAUUUGCAGCUCUUGCAAUAGUUUUGGCUGCCUUGGUAUUGAUGGAAAAGCCUACGAGCAUUCCAGCAUGUAACAUCAACGCAAAUUAUUUGGAGAAUUGCCGUCCAGCCGUCACUGGAGACAACCCGCCGUCUCCAAGCAAAGAAUGCUGUCUAGUCCUCCAAGCAGCCAAUCUGGAAUGCAUCUGCAGAUCCAAGUCUUACCUCCCCGUUUUAGGGGUAUACCCGUCUAAAGUACAGGAUCUUCUGAGCAAAUGUGGCGUUACAACAAUCCCUACAGCUUGCCAAGCUUCAAAGAACUGAGUUGGAGAUAGACCGUCUGAAUUUGCUUGAUCUUGUCCUGCAACUGAUCUGAAGUCUCUUAUUUACAAUAUAUCUUUAAAGUUCUGAUCCGAAUAAAUCACAGACUUGCAAUGAUCUUCAAUCACUUUAUGUAUAUAGAAGAACCAUAUACAUUAACGAAAACGUUGAAAUA